AAAGGUCGGGCGCGCCGUCAAUUCGAGAUUGUGCUUCUGGUUAUUUGGGAUUUGCAUCCUCAUUCAUCGAUCGAUCUUUGAGCUCUAUACAAGAAGUCAUCUUCCUCCUUUUCUUUUUAAGCCUUUCUCUGGUGGCAAAUCUGGAGGUGGCACAGAGAUGGCAGGCGAAGAUGAUAACAGUGAGUUCUACUUGAGAUAUUAUGUGGGGCACAAAGGGAAGUUCGGCCACGAGUUCCUUGAGUUCGAGUUCAGACCUGAUGGCAAACUUCGCUAUGCAAAUAACUCCAACUACAAGAACGACACCAUAAUUCGCAAGGAAGUUUACCUUACCCCUGCCGUUCUUCGUGAGUGCCGCCGCAUUAUUUCCGACAGCGAGAUAAUGAAGGAAGAUGACAACAAUUGGCCAGAACCUGAUCGGGUUGGACGGCAGGAGCUGGAAAUUGUAAUGGGAAACGAACAUAUUUCCUUCACAACAUCAAAGAUUGGAUCUCUCGUGGAUGUUCAGAGUAGUGCUGAUCCUGAAGGCCUUCGCAUCUUCUAUUACCUUGUUCAGGAUUUGAAGUGUUUUGUAUUUUCUCUCAUCUCUCUGCACUUCAAGAUAAAGCCGAUAUGAUUGGAUCAGAGUGUCGGUUGAGAACCUCCCCAGCGUUUUUGUGUAUUGACUGUGGCAUCUGAGACAAUUUUAACAACCAUGGACAUGUUAGUCGUGGUUGUGCUGCAAAUUUAUAGUUCAUUGAGUAAAGGGCAUUUUAUAUUGGGAAGUUGGGUGGAUUGCUGUUUGGAGGAAUGAUUAAGCUUGUCUUUUGCCUUUUUUACCCCUCUGCAACAGGCUUGUCUUCUAAUUUAGGAAGGAUUGGACGGUUUGUGCACCUUUCAUUGCGACAUUCUGUAGAGAUGAAUAUGCUGUUUAUGUCCUUGUCUUUAAAUCGUGGUUUCUCCAUUUGUGGGGAGGGUUUCAAACCCAAUUUUAACGCUUAUUUAAAUGCAAUUUUAUGUCAUUAAGUUAUAUUUAAA